CUAUCAGCAAAAAUUUCAGCUCAGUGUUUCGUCUUGUUAGUAAAGGAUACCAAUCUCAUUAACCUCUUUGUGUGUUGUCUUUGCCUUCUUGCUGGUGAGCGCAAAUCCAAGGAGGUCCGGAAACUCGUCUCAUCACUUGAACUUCCUCACCUUCUUGAAUGCUUCUCCAGUGAUAUGGCUGGAUUGGACGCUGCUGCUGGCUCAUGUACUCGUAGUGUCCUCGCAGCAACAGCGGCAUGGUUGCGUGCAGAAUCACAGCUCUCAGCUUGUCUGGAUACCGCGGGCACUGACUCAGUGCUGGCACUGCCUCAAGCCUUAAUCAAGCCUUUGAGCGUAGCUACUCUUGGUCUAACUGAAAUUGACCUUGUUCCCUGUGUGGCCGCCUUUCUUAGUGCUGUUGGUGGUGACGAAGCCCUUCUUCGGCCCUUUGGUGCCUGCCUCUGCAACCUGAUUACGCGUAGUUCAGAUUACCGAAUGCGGUUAGCUGGAUUGCGGUUACUCAAACAAACUUUCGAUACCCUGAUGGAGGCCGGAGGGAAGGAAGCGUGUGUUGGAGGCAGCGGCGACCUUGGUUUGGCUGCCUGUCUUGUUCCAGAUACGCUGGUUGCUCUAUCCGAAGCCCUUGAGGACGAUCGAAAUGAGGUUGAGGCAGCAGCUAAUAGUCUUUUUGCUGACUUGGAAGCAGUUGGCGUCACAGCUCAGAAUAAUGAGUGA